ACUUAUUACCACCUCUAUGUGAGUAACGGUCUCAUUUUGGCCGCCCCAUUGAAAAAUGUCUGGCCCCGCCACUGUGUAAGCGUGAUAUGUGGACAUCAAUCAAUAUGGAUGCAUAUCUCACAAUAACAGGCCAUUAUGUAAGUAAUACAUCGAUGGGUACCGUAUCUAAUUUUACUCUUAUUGCCUGAAAAUAACAUGAGUUGCUGCCAGUGUUUCACUCCAUUUAGUGACAUACGUUGCUUCAGUUUUCCACCAGAUGUCGCUAACGUUUCAGCACCAAAGCUCCACAUCUGUUCGGCACAAUUUGAAGGGAAUCCUGUAAGGUUUAGCUUAAUCCGCCCAUCUCUACGUUACAUUUGCUGUGUUUGUGUUUGGAGGGCUUUCAUUUGAAAGUUGUUUUUUUGUUGUUUUUAACUCAUAAAGCGAUUUCCAAUGAAACUUUGAUGUUCAAAGUUUAACGUGCGUCAAAUUGCGUCACAAGAACGUCACUGCUAGCAAAAAAAUCAACGCCAACAAACGUUUGACGCGUACGUGGCGCAAAACAACCAAUUUUACACACAUUGUCCUUUUAAUUGUCGUCCACGUAGGCUUUAAGUCACGCCUGUCCAACCAACGCGUAUAAGCCAAAUAAGGAACAUCUAACGGUGACACGUGUGGACAAAUAUUAUAUAAGGCGAGCAUUUGUCAAGGAACAGACUUUCUGUGCGCAAAACUCUGCACGUUCACUUUCAGUUCUCAUAGUUGCUCAAUCAGCUCCUUUAGCAAAGACAUGGCCAAUCGUAAGUUGAGGGGUCUGACAGCCGAGGAUGAGUUCCCGGAUCUGAGUCAGCAUAAGAACCACAUGGCCAAGUUCUUGACUCUGGACUUGUACACCACGUUGAAGGCGAGGUCCACCCGCAGCGGCUUUACCGUUGAUGGUGUCAUUCAAACCGGGGUGGAUAAUCCUGGUCACCCUUACAUUAUGACAGUGGGCUGCGUGGCUGGAGACGAGGAGUCCUAUGAGGUCUACAAAGAGCUGUUUGACCUUGUGAUUGAGGACAGACACGGAGGAUACAAACCCACAGACACGCACAAGACUGACCUCAACCCAGACAACCUCAUGGUACAGCAAAUUCUGUUGCAGCUAAUACUUACAUGUGAAUCACGGAGACAACAAUGCAUGUUCUGCAUGUUCUGCAUGUUCUUAAAGGGGGGUGACGACUUGGACCCCAACUAUGUUUUGAGUUCCCGUGUCCGAACAGGCCGCAGCCUGCGCGGCUUCUGCCUGCCGCCACACUGCAGCAGAGGAGAGAGACGCGCUUUAGAGAAGAUCUCUAUUGAAGCUCUGGAGUCCCUAACUGGAGACAUGACUGGGAAAUACUACCCCCUGAAGACUAUGUCUGAGGCAGAGCAGCAGCAGCUGAUUGACGACCACUUCCUGUUUGACAAGCCGGUGUCUCCUCUGCUGCUGGCCUCCAAGAUGGCCCGUGACUGGCCCGAUGGCAGGGGCAUCUGGCACAAUGAGAGCAAGACCUUCCUGGUGUGGGUGAACGAGGAGGAUCAUCUGCGUGUGAUCUCCAUGCAGCAGGGAGGCAACUUGAAGGAAGUGUUUACCCGCUUCUGCACUGGACUCGCGGAGCUGGAAGCCAGGUUCAAGGAGAAAGGCCAUGUCUUCAUGUGGAACGAGCACCUGGGCUACAUUCUGACCUGCCCCUCCAACCUGGGCACCGGCCUGCGUGCAGGCGUGCACGUCAAGCUGCCAAACCUGAGCAAGCAUCCUGAUUUUGAGGAGAUUCUCAAGAGGCUGCGUCUCCAGAAACGUGGAACAGGUGGGGUGGACACUGAUGCUGUGGAUGGAGUGUUUGACAUUUCCAAUGCUGAUAGACUGGGCUUCUCUGAGGUGGAGCUGGUGCAGAUGGUGGUUGAUGGUGUCAAGCUGCUGGUGGAAAUGGAAAAGAAUUUGGAGAAGGAAGAGCCCAUUGAUGAGCUGAUGCCCAAUCAGAAGUAGAACCACUUAGAAAUCUCUCACCACAUUUCAAUUAUGGAAAGCUCUUACUACCCCUGUACUGUCCUAGCUCUUCUAUAAAGUUGAAAUAAAAUGUGGCUGGAUUGAAGUUUUAACUUUUUAUUUUUCACCUAAUUGCUGAUAAAU